AAACGCUGGGAACGCCUCCGACCCUGGGUAGUCGUCGUAAGGCACUGAGGAGGCCGAGAGAUGAGGCCAGAGCAGACCAAGUUCUGGGAAGUUCUUUCUGACACAAGUAAGAUAACAUCUCUGCCAUGCCCACAGGUGCUGAGAACAAGAGAAAUCAAGUGAAGGAAGGAGGCAGAGUUUCCAAGACUUGUGUGCCAUCAUUUCUGGGGACAUCCUUGAUUGGAGAUUGAAGUUUUUGAACAGAAAUUUAGAGCUGAUUCAGAAGAGACAAAUACAGAACGUCCAAGUUAGCAGUCAUUUCCCAAAUUUAGGAGACAAUGAUGCAGGCCCAGGAAUCCCUAACACUGGAGGAUGUGGCUGUGGACUUCACCUGGGAGGAGUGGCAGUUCCUGAGCCCUGCUCAGAAGGACCUGUACCGGGAUGUGAUGCUGGAGAACUACAGCAACCUGGUGGCAGUGGGGUAUCAAGCCAGGAAACCAGAUGCACUCUCCAAGUUGGAACGAGGAGAAGAACCUUGCACAACAGAAGAUGAAAUCUACGCUCGAAUCUGUUCUGAAAUCAGGAAAAUUGGUGAUCCUCUGCAGCAUCACUUGCAAAAUCAAAGUAUUCAGAAGAGUGUGAAACAGUGCCAUGAACAGAAUAUGUUUGGAAAUAUUGUUAAUCCGAACAAAGGUCAUUUCCUGCUGAAGCAAGAUCAUGAUACCUUUGACUUACAUGAAAAACCUUUAAAAUCAAAUUUAAGUUUUGAAAACCAGAAAAGGAGCUCUGGCAUAAAGAACUCUGCUGAGUCUAAUGGAGAUGGGAAAUCCCUUUUUCAUGCUAACCAUAAUCAAUUUUAUACUGAAAUGAAGUUUCCUGCAAUUGCAAAACCUAUUAAUAAGUCCCAGGUCAUUAAGCAACAGAGAACUCACAACAUAGAGAAUGCCCAUGUAUGCAGUGAAUGUGGGAAAGCCUUCCUCAAGUUGUCUCAGUUUAUUGAUCAUCAGAGACUUCACACUGGAGAAAAAGCUUUCUCCAGAAAAUCCAGGCUAAUGGACCAUCAGAGAACUCAUACAGAACUGAAACAUUAUGAAUGCACUGAAUGUGACAAAACCUUCCUCAAGAAAUCACAGCUCAAUAUACAUCAGAAAACUCAUAUGGAAGAGAAACCUUACACAUGUAGCGAAUGUGGGAAAGCCUUCAUCAAGAAGUGUCGGCUCAUUUAUCAUCAACGAACUCAUACAGGAGAGAAACCCCAUGGAUGCAGUGUAUGUGGGAAGGCCUUCUCUACAAAGUUCAGUCUCACUACACAUCAGAAAACUCAUACAGGAGAAAAACCUUAUAUAUGUAGUGAAUGUGGAAAAGGCUUCAUUGAGAAGAGGCGUCUUAUCGCACAUCAUCGAACUCAUACUGGUGAGAAACCCUUUAUAUGCAAUAAAUGUGGGAAAGGCUUCACCUUGAAGAACAGUCUUAUCACACAUCAGCAAACUCAUACAGAAGAGAAAUUAUAUACAUGCAGUGAAUGUGGAAAAGGCUUUUCAAUGAAGCACUGUCUCAUGGUACAUCAACGAACUCAUACUGGAGAGAAACCUUAUAAAUGCAAUGAGUGUGGAAAGGGCUUCGCUUUGAAGAGCCCACUCAUCAGACAUCAGCGAACACAUACUGGAGAGAAACCCUAUGUGUGCACUGAAUGUCGAAAAGGUUUCACCAUGAAGAGUGACCUCAUUGUACAUCAGCGAACUCAUACUGCAGAGAAGCCAUAUAUAUGCAAUGAUUGUGGAAAAGGCUUCACUGUGAAGAGCCGCCUUAUUGUGCAUCAGCGAACUCAUACUGGAGAAAAACCCUAUGUAUGUGGUGAGUGUGGAAAAGGCUUUCCAGCAAAGAUCCGGCUAAUGGGACAUCAACGAACUCAUACAGGAGAGAAACCUUAUAUUUGCAAUGAGUGUGGAAAAGGCUUCACUGAGAAGAGUCAUCUCAAUGUACAUCGGCGCACUCAUACAGGAGAAAAACCCUAUGUAUGCAGUGAAUGUGGCAAAGGCUUAACUGGGAAAAGCAUGCUCAUUGCACAUCAGCGAACUCAUACUGGGGAGAAACCUUAUAUAUGCAAUGAAUGUGGAAAGGGCUUCACCAUGAAGAGUACUCUCAGUAUACAUCAGCAAACUCAUACUGGAGAGAAGCCAUACAAAUGCAAUGAAUGUGAUAAAACCUUCAGGAAGAAGACAUGCCUCAUACAACAUCAGCGAUUUCACACAGGAAAGACUUCCUUUGCAUGUACUGAAUGUGGAAAAUUCUCUUUGCGCAAAAAUGAUCUUAUUACACAUCAGAGAAUUCACACAGGAGAGAAACCGUACAAAUGCAGUGACUGUGGGAAAGCCUUCACUACAAAAUCAGGGCUCAAUGUUCAUCAAAGAAAACAUACAGGAGAGAGGCCCUAUGGAUGUAGUGAUUGUGGGAAAGCUUUUGCCCACUUGUCUAUCCUUGUUAAACACAAGAGAAUUCACAGGUAGUCAUUUUGGGAAAGCCUUUUGCCAGAUGUAGGCCCUUAAGAUAUCUGCAAAGAAGAGUAAUUUCAUGAAUGCAGACUACAUGGUUGUUUAUUUAGUGAUCAAUUACUUCAUGUUUUGUGUCAGAGAAAACAUGUACAAAACAUUUGAGAAAAUAUUUUAGGACAUUAUGUCUAAAAAUUGUAUACUGAGAAAAAUCCUAUGAAUGUGGCAGACUAUGAAAGCCUUUGGUGGGAAGAUAAACCCCCUCAGAAGUGAUCAUAGAUCAUGAAUAAACUACUAAUUCAUGGAAAUGUAAUAAUUAUAGGAAAGUCUUUGCCCAAAAAUAAAACCUCAAUAGAUUGAGAGAGUUCACACUGGAGAAAUACUUUCCUCUGGCAGUGAAUAUGGCAGGGUUUUCAGUAAAAUGUUUUGCCUCAUCAUGUGCUAU